CUUUCCCUAGGCUUGUAAACCAACUCUUAUUGCCUUUGUUUUUGAAUUGUGCAAUGGCAAGAAGCAAGGCAAAUCCCCAAGUCCUGCUUCCAAGGCAUAUUAUCAGAGCUCUCUGUAAGUUUGCUGAUGCCCAUAAGGCAGUUGGGUCUGCUCUUUCUCCAAAGAGCUUGAGAUAUUUCAGUUUUAAAGAUGAGAUCAUGGGCAGAUCAUGUGGUGCCCUCCCAACAGAUGUUCCCAAGGGGCACUCUGCAGUUUAUGUGGGUAGUGAACGCACUAGGUUUAUCAUACCCACUGAGUAUCUCAAUCAUUCUCUGUUGCGGGCAUUGCUAGACAAGGCUGAGGAAGAGUAUGGCUUUGAUCAUCAAAUGGGACUCAUCAUUCCCUGUGAGGAAGUUGCUUUCCAGCAUCUGACUUCCAUGUUGAGGAAAAAUGAUCCAGCACUCAAAAACAUGAAGCUGGAUGAAUUCAUUGAUUUUCCUUCCCAAAGAUACAGACCGGGUGUGAUAGAAGUGGCAAAGCAUGAAUGUUAUGUGGCUUAGAUGUUAUAUCUCAGGAUUAUGUAUGGUUAAAGACGUUAAGUUUCCACAGACCAUUUUAAUGAGUAUUGAAAAUUUGUAAAUUUGAUUGAUGUAUUAUUUUUAUCUGGAAACUUUCAAUACUCAUUAUGUGUGCUGCCAAAGUGGCUUGAGACUUGCAGACUGCAACUGGAAUGGAACUCUGCCUGGCUGAUGGAAACUCCAUCAAUCACAACCAUCAUCAAGGCAUCUCUUGCAAGGAAGAGGUUAAAUGGUCUGGGGAGAGGACCCACAUAAAGAGCUGGUCUGCACUAGCAAUCUGAGAAAAUUUGAAGUUAAUUUUUUUAUGAGAGAAGAAUUGUUGUAAACAAGAGAUCUCUUUAUCUUAAUCAGUGUAAAGUGAGCACUGAAAUUUGUGUCUUAUUGUUGUUUUUGAAUUCAAUUGUACAUAUUUUUUUGCAUCAAUAUUUUGAAUCACACUCUGUGAUCCAUCCUCAAAAUGCUAGAAAGCUCGAAAUGAAAUCUGCUUCCAAAAUAUGGAGAGAAAAAAUUAUCUUAUUCCCAUCCAUAUCAUCAGUUGGGAAUUUCGUGGGAAUGAAGAGAUCUUUGUUCCAUAUCAUCAGUUGGGAAUUUCGUGGGAAUGAAGAGAUCUCUGUUCGAUAUCAUCAGUUGGUUGGGAAUUUCGUGGGAAUGAAGAGAUCUCUGUUCCAUAUCAUCAGUUGGGAAUUUCGUGGGAAUGAAGAGGUCUCUGUUCCAUAUCAUCAGUUGGGAAUUUCGUGGGAAUGAAGAGAUCUUUGUUCCAUAUCAUCAGUUGGGAAUUUCGUGGGAAUGAAGAGAUCUCUGUUCGAUAUCAUCAGUUGGUUGGGAAUUUCGUGGGAAUGAAGAGAUCUUUGUUCCAUAUCAUCAGUUGGGAAUUUCGUGGGAAUGAAGAGGUCUCUGUUCCAUAUCAUCAGUUGGGAAUUUCGUGGGAAUGAAGAGAUCUCUGUUAAAGAAAAGUAAUUAUAAUAGGAUCUGUAACCCUCUGCCUAGAAUAGCAUCCUAGGUACCCAAUUGGAAGAUUCAUGAUAGACAAUAUUCAAGCUGCAGCCAACCUGGUUUAUGCUACUAUCCCAACAAGUUUGGGAGUGUGAUGAAUGGAACUUUCAUGACCACUUCUUGAUAUCAAUUGAUGCUACCAA